ACAAUCAUAAUCAACUACUCUUUUUUUGUUCUGAUCACAAUUGUUAAUCAUGCACGAUCCGAUUGGAAUUCCGUCUUGCUUUUCGUUUAGUGAUCACCAGAGGCUGCCUGAUGAGCCAAUCAACGUAGGCAGAUCGGGGCAGAGUGUUUUCGAGUCGGUGUAUCGAACAAAGCUUGCCGGUGAGUGUCGCUUGAUUGCGGUCACGUGGUGCAGGAACCUUUUACUUCGUGGUCUAUCCGUUUCAAUUCAAGGAUUGGAUGGCGACGAGCAUUGUAGGUGCAAAGUUGAGCUGAAGCCGUGGUGUUUCUGGAGAAAACAAGGCUCCAAGCAUUUCAUUGUCGAUGGGACAACCGUCUAUGUGGUUUGGGACCUCAAGGCAGCCAAGUUCAACGGAGAGACUGAGCCACAAUCGGAUUACUAUGUCGUCAUCGUGUGCGAAGACGAGGUCAUUUUACUCUUGGGAGAUCAAAAGAAAGAUGCUUAUAGAAAGGUUGCAGGACAUCUAUUAUUGAACCAAUCUUUAUCUCCAGGGGGGAACAUAUAUUUGGCAAGAGGAAGUUCACAACUAGGGUUAAGUUUAACGACAAAGGAACCUUUCAUGAUGUCUCGGUCGAAUGCAACUCUGACGGAGUCAAUCCGGGGUAAUGAAUCCAUUAAUGUUGGCAAAAAUGGAUUACAAGUUUUCUGGGAUGUUCAUGAUUGGCUCUUUGGUUCGGCUCCGAGACCGAGACAUGGGCUUUUCAUAUUUAACCCGAUUCCAUCAUCCCCUCCGUCAUCGUCACUGUCGAAUCAGGAACAUGAUUCUGCAUCAGGAGAUUUUGGUUAUGCAAUGGAUUCCUCCAAGUUCUGCUUAUUUCUCUAUGCCUGGAAAGUCGAAUGA